AUGGGAGACAACAUGGCAGGAAAUCCCAAUGUGAAUGUGGAGCAGCCUGAGCAGCCAAGAGCAGAAAAUGUGGACUACACUAGAUCACUCAGGGAUUUAUUCGCACCCGUUGCGACAAACUCUGCGUUCCUUGUGAAAACAUUCAAAGAUAUAUGUGCUACUUUCAAAUUUCAAAACUUUUCUGAGGAGUCUGUGCAUCUUAGACUUUUUCCCUUCUCACUUCACUAUAGAGCCAAGGCAUGGCUAGAUUCAAACAUGCCUGGUUCAAUCACAUCUUGGGAUAACUUGCUAAACAAGUUUUACAACAAAUUUUUCCCAAUGUCCAAGGUGAACGAAUGUAUAAAGGAAAUAAGCUCUUUUACUCAGGAGGAGAAUAAAUUUUUUUUGGAGAGUUGGAAAAGGUUUAAAGAAAUGUUGAUCAAGUGCCCUCCUCAUGGAUACGAGAAAUGGAGACUCAUACAGUUCUUUUACCAAGGAUUGACUCAAUCCAGCCGCAGCAUGAUUGAGUCAAUGAAUGGAGGCGCAUUUCUGAGUUUGACGGGAGAAAAAGCAUAUCGGACCUUAGAUCAGUUGUUCGACAACUCCCAGCAGUGGGAUUUUUCAAGCUGUCGGGAUAGAUCGGCUCGCAUCCAAAAGAAGGGAGGCACCUACGAGGUGAAGGAAGAUAUGGAGCUAAAGAUGAAGUUAGAUGCCCUCACUAAGAAGGUCGAUUCUCUCGUCAUAGGAAAAUCCAUCAAUGUUGCGAACCCAUUCCACGCGGAUUGUUGUUCCAUUUGUGCUAAUCCCAUUCACUCGGCACAGACUUGUCCUUCUUUGCCAACUUUUGUCGAGUCAUCAAUGGAACAAGUUAAUUCUUUCAAUGACUUUAGGAAGCAAUCCAUUGGACUCUUCUCUAAGACCUACAAUCCUGGGUGGCGAAACUAUCCUAAUUUUUUGUGGAAGUAG